AUGAGAUCGAGAACGCUUCGUAUUGUAAAUGUGCGUGAAAAAGCAAAAUCUGGAGAGAUUGAAGAAUUUCAUUGUUUAUUUCUUUAUCUACUUGUAUUUUCAACGAUGAGUGGAAACAAAGGAGAUCAAAGAGAAGAUGUUGAAUAUGUUUUGAAAGAAUUAAAAGAAGGUUCACCAUACGGUGAGAUGUUUGAUGUUACAUAUGGUGAAACAACUAUUGAUCAUAACACUGAAUUAACCAAAGAUGAGUCAAAAACAAAGCCCACUUUUGAAAUUGAUAAUACAAAAUUAAAAUUGAAAAAUCAGUAUUUGACAUUGGUAAUGAUUGAUCCGGAUGCGCCUUCUCGAGAUAAUCCAUCGAGUGGACCGUAUCUUCAUUAUAUUGUGAUCAAUGCACAAAAAAUGGACCUUAGUGAUGGAACAACCAUAUGUAAUUACAUGGGUCCUAGUCCUCCAAGUGGUACGGGACCACAUCGUUAUAUUUUCUUAUUAUACAUUUCAAAUGAUCCAAUUGAACAUGAUAAAAUACAAGAUAGUCAACGUAGACAUUUUCCAAUACGUAACUUUGUUCAAAAAAAUAAUCUUGGUCUCGAAGCGGCGAAAAAUUUUAUAACAUCGGGUUAA